AUGUUAUGGGAUGAUAGCCUAUUAAUGACGAUAACAAAAGUAGAAGAAUCAAUAAUAAUGAAUUGUAGUUCAACGGAAGAUGGAAAAUCGCUUAUCUUGGAGGAGAAGCCGUUUCUGUUUAUGAGAGACUCUCUUAAUUUGAUAAAGUGA